AACUAGGACAGUCCAAAUCCGAUGAAUGUCCAGCCCAACGUGAAAAUUUUUUCCCGGCGGUUCGUCUUGGCAGUUGAAGACGUUGAGAUUCGAGUAAUCGACAGCCCACCGCCACAGCUCUAGGGCUUUCUCCAUAUCCUCCACCCAAAAAAUCGGAAAAAGUUCAGUCACUGAAGCCGAUAAAAAUGGUUGGUACGUCAAGUUUCCAUCGAAAUUUCGUUUGAGCUGAUCUCGUCGCUUCCGCUGACGAUCAACUGUUUGCUUGUUUAUAUUUAUAAAAUGGCUUGUCCAGGGCCGCAACCCGAGAGAGAAGAGAAAGUAUCCUUGGACCUCACCGAAGAAAUCCUUCAAAGCAUGGAAAUCGGCAUGGUUUUCAAAGAUUAUAGCGGUAGAAUCAGUUCGAUGGAUUUCCACAGAACAUCGAAUUAUUUAGUAACUGCUAGUGAAGAUGAAUCCAUCCGCCUUUAUGAUGUUUCCAGUGCUACAUGUUUGAAAACAAUAAAUAGCAAAAAGUAUGGGGUUGAUCUAGUUUGCUUUACUUCGCAUCCAACAACAGUUAUUUACUCUUCAAAGAAUGGUUGGGAUGAAUCAUUGCGACAUCUCUCCUUGCAUGAUAACAAGUACUUGCGGUAUUUUAAAGGACACCACGACAGAGUUGUUUCACUUAGCCUUUGCUCACGCAAUGAAUGCUUCAUCUCUGGUUCUCUUGAUCGAACUGUUCUGCUUUGGGAUCAACGAGCAGAGAAAUGUCAGGGUCUUUUACGCGUGCAAGGAAGGCCUGCCAUAGCUUAUGAUGAUCAAGGACUAGUCUUUGCUGUUGCCUUUGGAGGAUACAUCAGAAUGUUUGAUGCUCGCAAGUUUGAAAAGGGUCCUUUUGAAAUCUUUUCUGUUGGGGGAGAUGUAUCUGAUGCUAAUGUUGUAAAGUUCAGCAACGAUGGACGACUCAUGCUUUUGACAACUAUGAAUGGACGUAUUCAUGUGCUUGAUUCAUUUCGUGGCACACUUUUAUCCACAUACAAUGUCAAGCCAGUGUCUAGCAAUUCCACAUUGGAGGCAUCUUUCAGCCCUGAGGGAAUGUUUGUUAUAUCAGGUUCAGGUGAUGGUCGUGCAUAUGCUUGGAGUGUAAGGAGUGGGAAAGAAGUUGCAAGUUGGAUGAUGAAUGGUGAACCUUCUGUAUUAAAUUGGAAUUGGAUGAGCACUGAUACUGAGCCUCCUGUCAUUAAGUGGGCUCCUGGGAAUCUUAUGUUUGUAACUGGGUCUACUGAGCUGUCAUUUUGGAUUCCGGAUCUGUCUAAAUUGGCAGCUUAUGUAGGAAGGAAGUAGGGCUGUGGUUGCUCCCUGAUUAUAAUUUCAAGCAGUAUUUGUAAGGUUCAUCUUUUUUACUGGUAGAAAAUUUGGUGCAAAUGUUCGUAUCUCUGUUGCUUCAGCCCCAUACAUCUGUUAAAUCUUUUAACGGGCAGAGACAUUCCCCUAACUGACGCAAUAGCAAGGUAACUAUGCUCUGUUUAUAUAAGUUAGUCUUACUAGUCCAUGAAACUAUUUGUUGAGAGGUUGUAGAUGCUCCAGUGCUAACUUUCCUCCGUUGGAAAAAUCUAAGAAUGAGAACAGCUUGUAAUUUAGGUAUAAAAACUUUCUUUGUUUCUUACUUUAUAGCCUUCUGGUUGUAUAGUUGUGUGCUCCGUUGUGAAUUGUACUGUAGAGUAAGACCAUGUAGGGCAGUCGAGGUGUAUUUUUUGUAUGUAAUUUGCAUGAUUUUAGGGAAUUAUGCCAUGCCAUCUACUGCAAUCUCAAUUCAUUUCA